AAUCAGUUGUAACUCAUCUGUCAUAUUUGGAGGGAAAUUGUCAUGACUUCGAAUAAUCGUGAUACAGCCAUACCAGGUGUUGUUGCCUAUUGGUAUAAUGGUAUAUUAUCGUUUAAAUACACAAUUAUUUUUGAUGCAGUGCAGCAGUCUAUUAAUACCAUUAACUGCUAUACAGUAUGCACUAUAUGUCUAUAUAGACACAUCUAUAAAACAUAUUAAUUAAUAUCGAAAUCCGAAAACAGAAAUUGACCGCACUCAUCUUUAAAUAUUAUAUGUCUAAAUAUGGUAUAAUUUGUCUCUGCCGUUUCUGGCAUAAUAUUAUAUUUAUAUUGUUUAUUAUUAUGACGUAACAUGUUAUUAAUGUACGUUUAAGAUAGUGGUUGCACUGAUCUCGCGACGUAAUAUUUUUAUAGUCGCCGAACGUCGUCAGAUACUCAGAUCACACUACAAAAAUAUCGUUUCAGCGUUCCAGCGUUUUCUACCGCGUCGUUGUAAGCGAACUAGUUACUAGACCCUUGUGUCGCGUUGUUUUUCGUUCGAGUGUGUCCGUUCUUGCCUUCCUAGAUAUUUCGAUUGUCGUUUUUCGUCCCUCACUCGCUACGUUUUUCCGAGAUCGGAAACGAUCCGAUUUCAAUCCACGUUAUUGCGGCAGAGUCGUGACGAGAAUCCACGUUGACGAUGGCAGAUGCGACGCACAAGACAUUAACUGAUGGAAUAAAACGCUGGAAAACCAUCAAUUUUUAUUUAAGUAUUGUAAAGUAUAUUAUUUGUAAUGUACUAAGAAUUUUGUUGUAUAUUGCGGCAUAUAUGAUGCGAAAGUGUAGUUCAUUAUUUGAGAGUUUAUCUGAAGGUCUUAAGAUGAUUGAAAAAGCAGAAGAUACAACUGAGAAAACUAUUAAAGAUAGGUGCGAUACUUAUUGUUUUUCUAAUCAUGCCGACAAAGAUGAAGAACUAAAAGAGAAAAAACAAAUUAUUAUCAAUACUGUUGAUGAAUUAAUAGACAAAGAGUCCAAUUCUGAUACUAACAACAUUGGUAAAAAUGAAGAACGAAAAGAAGUGAAUAAUAUUAUUGGUGAUGUUAUGAAUGAAUUAAUUGACAAUGUGACUAUUAAAAAUAAUGGUCAAUCUUUUUUUGAACAUAAUAUAGAUGCAGAACAAAAAUUAGUAAAUGGAGCUAUCACUAAUAUUGUAAAUAGUGCUAUAAAUAAAGAGUCUAAUUCUGAAAUUUCUGAAGAAUCAGUGCAUUCUAAUUCUGAAGAUACAGAAGAAAAAGUUGAAGAAAAAAUUAUUGUUGAUGAUGGGAUUGAAUCACCAAGAGUUAGAAAAAGAUUUGGUGUUAAAAACACUGCAAUACUUUUAAUAACUAAAACAAUUAAGGAAAACAAAUUAAAAGACAAACAGUUUAAGAUGGAAACAGAAUUUAACAGAAACAAAAUAUUAAAUAACGGAAAUCCUUAUCGGGACAAAGAUGAAAUCUUUACAAACAAAUCUGAUAGUUUUAAAAGAGAAAAAGAAUCGUUAUUAAAAAAUGAACCUGAAAAAUCUGAUUGUUUUGAAGUAGCUAAUAAAAGUUGUAGUAAAGACAUGGCUAUUGAUAGUACAUCUAAGUACAAAAGUGAUAGGAUAAACCUUGAUAUUUUCAAAACUAAAGAAUCAAUAGAAAAUCAAUUGAAAAUCAAUGAAAAUGAAAAAUUAACUAUGAAAAAUAAUGUCGAUUGCUUGGUAAAUGAUGACAGUAAUGAAAGUAAAAAACCAUUCACAAAAACUGAAAAUGAGAUUAUAGAAAAUAAUGGUGAACACAAGAAAAAUAUUAAUGGUUAUGUAAAUAAAAAAGUGAUUACAAGGAUUGAAAAUAUGACGAUUACAAAAAAUAAUGAUGUCCACUGGAAAAAUUUUGAUGAUUAUGUUAAUAGUAAACCAAAUACAAUGACAGAAAAUAUAAUCGCAACAAAUAAUGAUAAAUGCUGGGAUGAUAAUAAUGUAUGUGAAAACAGAGAACCAAUAACAAAUACUGAAAAUAUGAUCACAAAAAGUAAAGAUGAACACCUGAAUAAUAAUGAAGGUUAUGAAAAAAGAAAACCAAUAACAAAGACUGAAAAUAUGACCAUUAAAAAUAACAGUGAACUCCAGAAAAAUAACAAUAGUUUUGAAAAUAAAAAAUCUAUUGCAAAGACUGAAAAGAUGUUAAAUAUGUUUGAAGUGAAGGAUGAUAUCUUUAGUUUGCCUUCUAAAUUUUCUUUAGCACAUUGUGUUUGUGAAGAUUUUUAUAAUGCGUUUGGCAUGACAGCUGAUUUUAAAUUCAAAUUUGGUAAUAUUGGUACAUUAAUGGACCUAAAUUUACAUGUGAGCGAUGUUGGUCAUAUUAAAUAUAAUGAGCAACAUGUAUUUUAUUUAGUCGUGAAAAAAAAAUCAUCACAAAAACCACUUUUAUCUAGCUUAGAAGUAGCGUUGUAUAAUCUACGUGAUAAAAUGAAUGAUCUUAAAUUAACAAAACUUGCAAUUCCAAAACAUGGAUUUGAUGCAUACAAUAUGAUGGAUGUGAAGUCACUAAUAUCAAAAAUAUUUGCAUUAUCUAAUAUUGAAGUCACUAUAUGUCUGACAUCAUCAAAAUUAGAAACAGAACAUAUUAAUCCACCUAAAAUAAAUUUUACUUCUAAACAACUGUGGGAAAUGGAGAAACAAACUGAUUUAAUAAUUUUUAUUAAUAUGUGUUCAAUGUAUUCAGAGAAUUGGAAUGAUCAAGUUGUUGAACAUAUCAAUGCUAAAUAUCCAUUUAAAGAGAGAUUAUUAAACGAUAUUAAUAUUAAACCAAUGGCUCCCGGCGAUAUACUAUUAUAUAAAAUUGGUACUGAAGUAUUGUUCUGUAUAUUCAUUAAACCUUUCGAUCAAAAUCCAUCAUAUUUUAAAUGUCUCGAAAAAGCUUUUCAAGAAAUGAAAUCACAAUUAACUGGUUAUAGAUAUUUGGGAGUUCAACAAGAUCCAUUAAUUCACAAGACUAACACACACAAUUUAGCACGCAAUUUGUCUAUGCUGAAAUCAGUUUUUAGUAAUCGAAAUGCUGAAAUUUGGGUUUGUGGUGAUACUGAACAGCAUAAAACUUAUCAAUAUCAACAAUAUAAAAAAACUGUAACUGAUGCCAUUGAUGUGAACCAUAAACGAAAUUCAAAAACAAGUGCAAAGUCUAGAAAUAAAUUAGAUAAAAAGAGACAUAGUACAAAUAAUAACAGUAAACAUGGUUCGGCAGAAAACUAUAAUUGCAAAAAUACAUCAGUUGUCAACUCUGUUACACGUUUAAAUCAAGAAGAAAUAUCUAUUGAUAAUUACAUGACAGAAAAUUGGGACAACUGAUUAUUUUAUAACUUUCAUUUUAUUAACAAUUAAUAUCUUUUAUUAAGUUAUCUUUGCUGGUAUUACUUUCAUGAGUAUUAAAUAAACAGA